AUGGUCUCAUCCACUUCCCCGACGAGUAUCCCCACUCGACCCAUCCUCAUCCAGAGCGGUCAAACUAGAUUUUCAAUCCCAGUAUCCACGCAAUCCGACGAGUGGAUUGCAGCAGAAGUUCUUAGAGAUGAGUUCACGCUUUCCCAGCCGGCAGCGUUAGACACGACUUUCGACACGGAGGAGCAGGCGACACUAGAGCUAUACGCCCGCUUUUUGGGCUUUGUCGCACAAAAGCUAGACGAGGAUGCAGAUUCCUCCGCCGCGCGGACGACCGUGCUUCUGAAAAUCCUACAACACUUUACCACGUCAUACCUCUCGCACCAAGACGUGCAUACAGUUGCCGCAUCUUUCGAUACCGAUACGCGUGAGGCCAUCCUCGCGGCGUACUUUCGAGCAGUUUGUUCCCUUGAAGAGAAAAAAGGAGGCGACGUUCCGCAACAACCUACGCCGGCGCUUCUGUCCGCCGCGGCGCAGAAGGACGCGUCAGUCUACGCGAUUUUUGGUGGGCAAGGCACCAAUGAGGUCUAUUUCGACGAGCUGCAAAGCCUCUAUGACAUUUACAAGCCGUACGUCGCGUCUUUCCUAGAGACGGUGACCCGUGACGUGCUGGUGCCUCUGGCGUCGGCGUCGGAAUCGACAUAUUACGCAUAUGGUCUGGACGCGAUUUCCUGGCUUACAGGUGCUGCACCGCGUCCUCCGACUGCGUACUUGGCAACCGUGCCAGUUUCGUUCCCUCUCAUAGGCCUAACACAGCUGACGCAAUACCUCAUCGUGUGUCGCGUUGCUAAGCUCUCGCCUGGGGAACUGUGUGUGCGUCUGCGGGGUGCGACUGGACACUCUCAAGGUCUCGUUUCUGCAGUUUGUAUCUCAGCAUCUAACACACUCGAGUCCUUCUUCGAGAACGCACAGAAGGCCCUCAAAUGGCUUUUCUUCUGCGGUUUCCGCGGCCAGCAGGCGUUCCCUGUGCUUGCAUUGGAGCCGAGCAUCGUGGAGGACGCGGUGGAGGGCGGAGAGGGAGUUCCGAGUCCCAUGCUUUCAGUUACCGGCCUCCUCCUGAAGGACCUGGAGGUUCAUAUCAAGAAGACGAACGUACACCUUCCAGAGAAUUCACAGCUCCACAUUUCGCUCUACAAUGGUUCGAAGGCGUUCGUUGUCACAGGUCCCCCGCGCGCUCUGUUCGGUUUGGUGAACAGCCUAAGGAAGGUUCGCGCACCCAGUGGUCUUGACCAGAGCAAGGUCCCUUUCUCUCAGAGGAAGCCCGUGUUCUCGGUUCGUUUCUUGGUCGUUGGUGUGCCCUUCCACAGCCACUAUCUGGAAGGAAUGACGAAGAAGAUGUUCGAGGAGGAUCUAGAAGGAGAAGAAUUGUGGACGAAGGAGGAAUUAGCGAUCCCUGUGUACAACACCGAGGACGGUUCGGAUCUCCGCAAGCUUUCGACAUCGUUGACAUGCGCGCUCUGCGAUUUGAUAUUCACUCUUCCUAUUCACUGGGACAAGGCAACGAACUUCCCAGAGACCGCCACCCAUGCAGUAGACUUCGGUCCCGGAGGCUUGAGCGGCAUUGGCCCGCUCACGGCGCGCAACCUGGAUGGUCGUGGUGUCCGCAUUAUUAUUGGCGGCGAUAAGACGAAGGGUGUCGUCGAGAUGUAUGACGCGCAGAACGUGAAGCGAGAGGAAUGGUGGAGUAAGCGGUUCAUGCCUGGUUUGGUGAAGACAAGUGACGGAUCCAUUCAUAUUGACACUCCCUUCUCUCGUCUCCUCGGCAAGCCCCCCAUUAUGGUGGCGGGAAUGACCCCGACCACAGUCAAGGCCGGCUUCGUGAGCGCCGUUCUCGAUGCCGGCUACCACGUGGAGCUUGCUGGUGGCGGGCACUACAAUGCUGCAGCUCUCCGUGCGAAGGUUGCUGAAAUCCAGAGUAAGAUCCCGGCGGGUGUCGGCUUGACUUUGAACUCGCUCUACAUCAACCCUCGUCAAUUCGGCUUCCAGUUCCCGCUUUGGCAGGAGAUGCGCCGUGAAGGCCUUCCCAUUGAAGGUUUUUGUGUCGCUGCUGGUAUCCCCAGCACGGAGAAGGCAGCGGAGAUCAUCGAUGGUCUACGGACUGCUGGCAUCAAGCACGUCUCUUUCAAGCCCGGUUCCGUUGACGGUAUCCGCCAGGUCGUCAACAUCGCCGCCGCGCACCCCGACUUCCCAGUCAUUCUUCAGUGGACAGGUGGACGUGCCGGUGGACACCACUCGUGCGAGGACUUCCACCAGCCCAUCAUCUCGACGUACAGCUCGAUCCGCCAGCACAUCAAUAUCUCCCUGGUCGGUGGCUCUGGGUUCGGCGGAGCCGAUGAUCUCUGGCCCUACCUCAGCGGAGAUUGGUCCGUCCAGCAGUACGGUCUGCAGCCGAUGCCCUUCGACGGGUUCCUAUUUGCUAGUCGUGUCAUGGUUGCGAAGGAGGCGCACACGAGCUCGUCAGUCAAAGACUUGAUCGUUGCGGCGAAGGGUGUUGACGAUGCGCAGUGGGAGGGCACUUACGCUAAGGAGACUGGCGGCAUCCUGACCGUCCGCUCAGAGCUUGGUGAGCCCAUCCACAAGAUCGCCAACCGUGCCGUCAAGCUCUGGAAGGAGUUCGACAACACCGUCUUCAACCUUCCGAAGGAGAAGCGUGCGGCGUGGCUUGUGGAACAUCGGUCAGAGGUCAUCGCGAAGUUGAACAAGGAUUUCUCGAAGCCAUGGUUCGGAUGGAAGAAGGACGGAAGUGUCACCGAAGACAUCGCCGACAUGACCUACGAGGAGGUCGCUAUGCGCAUGGUGCGGUUGAUGUACGUCGCGAAGGAAGAGCGCUGGGUGGAUUUGUCGUUGAGGAACCUCACUGGCGACUGGUUGCGCCGUGUCGAGGAGCGCUUCGCCGGUGUGAACGGUGGUGGCGAGAAGUCGUCCAUUUUGCAGUCCUUCAAUUCUCUUGACAAGCCCCGAGCUGUUAUUGAGGAGUUCUUCAAGACAUAUCCUUUGGCGACUGAGCAGCUCCUCGCUUCUGAGGACAAGGCCUACUUCCUCACCAUUGUGCAGAGACCCGGACAGAAGCCGGUGCCGUUCAUCCCUGUCCUUGACGCUAGCUUCGAGGUCUGGUUCAAGAAGGAUUCUCUCUGGGCAGCUGAAGACAUCGAGGCUGUUUUCGAUCAAGAUCCGCAGCGUGUCUGCAUCCUCCAGGGUCCCGUGGCCGUCAAGCACUCUAAGGCGAAGGACGAGCCCAUCAAGGAGAUGCUCGACAACAUCACCUCGCUACUGGUCAAGAAGCUCAUCGAUCGGUUGUACGGCGGCGACGUCAGCAAGAUCCCCACCGUCGAUUAUCUGAGCCCCGGUCCUUCGGCACUCGCAACCCCUCUCCACGUCGAGCGCAGCGUCUCCCGGAAUACCAUCACGUACAAGCUUGGUCAAACUCUCCCGGAGACGUCAUCGUGGUUGGAGACCCUCGCUGGUCCCGAGCUCUGCUGGGUGAGGGCACUCCUCACGUCGCCCACCGUUGUGCAGGGUGCGUUAUACAUAGACAACCCCAUCCGCCGCUUGUUCGCUCCUCGCCGAGGGCAGAAGGUCGUCGUCGAGACCGAUGGUGUCUCCCCCAUUGGCAUCUCUGUGUACGGCGCAGCCCGAUCGUACGGCGCGCACAAGAGCGAUUUCAAGGCCGUGGACGUCAAGUACAAUGCUUAUUCUCACACCAUCAACGUCACAGUGUACGAAGACUGCCGCGACGUCGCAAUUCCUCUCAAGCUCCAGUUCGUCCACAAGCCUUCGAUGGGCUUCGCGCCGAUUCACGAGGUUACCACGGACCGCAACCGCCGCAUCAAGGAGUUUUACUGGAAGUUAUGGCUGGGCCCCGAGGAGAACCUCCCGGAGAUCGACCUUCGCGCGACGUUCACUGGCCCGGAGGUCACCAUAGAUGCGGACGAAAUCGAGGCGUUCUGCAGUGUCAUUGGCAACGACGGUGAGGCUUUCAAGACCGUCCGCGCUGAAAAUGUCCAAGCUCCCAUGGAUUUCGCAAUCGUGACUGGUUGGCAGGCGAUCAUCAAAGCGAUCUUCCCUUCGACCAUUGACGGUGAUCUCCUCAAGCUCGUCCAUCUGUCGAACGGCUUCCGUCUUGUAGACGAUGCUAAGCCUCUUCAGGCGGGCGAUGUCUGCAAGAUCGAGGCUCGCAUUGUCUCCGUUAUCAACAGCGAUGCCGGGAAGACAGUCCGAGUCAAAGGCUUCGUUAUCAGAGAUGGCAAGCCCGUCAUCGAGGUUGUGUCUGCUUUCCUAUACCGUGGUCGCUAUUCCGAAUACGACAACACGUUCGAGCUUCUCGAGGCUCCGGAUUACUCUGUAGAGCUGGCGACCGAAGCCGACGUGGGAGUAUUGCAGUCGAAGGAGUGGUUUGAGUGGGACGAUCCGUCAAAACCGCUUCAAGCUGGGACGACGCUCGUUUUCCGUGUGAAGUCUGAGGUUACUUACCGCAACAAGACAUGCUACAAGUCGGUAUCGGUCUCCGGCGACAUUUUUGUCCGCGACCAGAUCAAACGUCUCAUCAAGGUCGGUGGUGUUGAUUUCCUGCAGGACGACAGCAGGGGCAACCCAGUAAUCGCGUAUCUCGAGCGUCAUGGCAAGCCGCAAGGUCUCUGGGCCCCUCUUCCGAAUGACGGCUACACCAUGACGAAGACGGGCGCAGCCGUCUUCAACUCCUCGGCAACGAACGAGUCCUACUCCAAGGUGUCUGGCGACUUCAACCCCAUCCACGUCAACCCCUACUUCGCUGAUUUGGCGGCUCUUCCCGCCACAAUCACGCACGGCAUGUGGUCGAGCGCGGCCACGCGGCGCUACGUUGAGACAGUCGUCGCGCAAGGUCGUCCGGAGCGCGUUGUAGCAUAUGACGUCGCCUUCGUAGGAAUGGUCAUUCCUGGCGAUAGUCUUCAGGUGAAGAUCAAGCACAGUGGCAUGCGGGACGGCAACAUUGUUGUCAAGGUUGAGACCUUCAAUGGCAAGGGUGAAAAGGUUUUGGAAGGCACUGCCGAAGUCGCGCAGCCGAAGACCGUCUACGUCUUCACUGGCCAAGGUUCCCAAGAGCCGGGUAUGGGUAUGGACCUGUAUAAUUCCUCUCCCGCUGCUCGAUCUGUCUGGGAUGCUGCCGAUGCUCAUCUAACCGCCGUCUAUGGCUUCUCUAUCGUCCAAAUCGUCAAGGACAACCCGAAGGAAAAGACCAUCCACUUCGGUGGUAUCAAGGGUCAGGCCAUUCGACAGCGGUACAUGGAUAUGACCUACGACACCAUGGACAAGGACGGCAAUGUGAAGACUCUCCCGCUAUUCGGUGAUAUCAACGUGCGGACUCAGCGGUACACAUUCAGUCAUCCUUCUGGUCUCUUGUUUGCCACGCAGUUCGCUCAGAUCGCGCUAGUCGUGACCGAACGUGCUGCUUUCGAGGACAUGCGUUCGAAGGGCUUCGUGCAGAAGGACUCCGCGUUCGCUGGACACUCUUUGGGGGAAUAUUCGGCGCUCGCGUCUAUUGCUGACGUCCUCCCAAUCUCGUCGCUUGUCGACGUCGUCUUCUACCGUGGUAUCACUAUGCAACGCGCUGUUGAGCGUGAUGCUCACAACCGUUCCAACUAUGCGAUGUGCGCCGUGAACCCAAGCCGCAUCUCGAAGACUUUCACGGAUGCCGCGCUGCGGGAGGUUAUUGACGAUAUCGCUCAUCGCACACAGUGCUUGCUCGAGAUCGUCAACUACAACGUCGAGGGUCAACAAUAUGUCUGUGCGGGUGAAUUGGUCGCUCUGCAAACCAUGACCAACGUCUUGAAUUACCUAAAGAUGGAGAAGGUUGACAUUGCGAAGUUGACGGAGAAAUUCACCGUUGAGCAAGUGAAGGAAAUGCUUGGGGAAAUCAUCAACUCCUGUUUUACACGUGCCAAGGAUCAGCAGAAGGCGGAAGGCUACAUCAAAUUGGAGCGCGGGUUCGCAACGAUCCCUCUCCCAGGGAUUGAUGUACCCUUCCAUUCUCGCUACUUGUGGGCUGGUGUAAUGCCAUUCCGAGCCUACCUCUCUAAGAAGAUCAAUGCGGCGCACCUGAAUCCGGACACACUCGUCGGCAAGUACGUGCCGAACCUGAUCGCGAAGCCUUUCCAAGUCACGAAAGAUUACGUCCAAUUGAUCUACGACCAGACGUUGUCACCGCGCCUCGACAAAGUCCUUCGCAAGUGGGAUACGGAGAACUGGGGUUCAGCGGAGCAGCGCCAGAAGCUAGCGUAUAUCACUCUAGUGGAGCUCUUGGCAUACCAGUUCGCGUCGCCCGUCCGAUGGAUAGAAACUCAGGACAUCCUUUUCAAACACUACGAUUUCGAGCGCUUCAUCGAGAUCGGACCUUCACCAACGCUCACAGGUAUGGCGACGAGGACUCUGAAAGCGAAGUACGAGGUGCAAGACGAUUCGGUCAGCCGCAUCCGUGCGAUCCUUUGUCAUGCGAAGCACACCAAGGAGGUGUACUACCAGUUCGAGGAUGAGGCAGAGGCGGCUGCUGACGAGUCUGCUCCCGAAGCUGCAGCUAUUCCCGCACCAGUAGCUGUUCCCGUUGCUGCUCCGGUCUCGGCUGCGGCCGCCGUUAGUGUUGAAGACGUUCCCCUGAAGGCGAUCGAAAUUCUCUCUGUGGUUGUAGCUCAGAAGCUCAAGAAGAAGGUGGAGGAAAUUCCCCUCUCGAAGUCGAUUAAGGACCUCGUUGGCGGCAAGUCGACUUUACAGAACGAAAUCCUCGGCGAUCUGCAGCUGGAGUUCACGUCUGCUCCUGAGAAGGGUGAAGAAUUGCCACUCGAGGAGCUCGGGUCGGCCCUUGGCGUUGGCUUCUCAGGGUCGUUGGGUAAGUACAGCUCUGGCCUCGUCUCUCGCGUCGUGGGUAGCAAGAUGCCUGGUGGUUUCAAUAUCUCUGCGAUCAAAGCGUAUUUGUCGAAGACGUGGGGCCUUGGUCCGACUCGCGCGGAUGGAGUCUUGCUGUUGAGUACCACCAUGGAACCUCCCAAACGUCUCGGUUCAGACGCAGAAGCCAAGGCGUGGCUUGAUACGGUCGUCACACUCUACGCACAGCGCUCUGGGAUCUCCCUCGCUACCGGUGCCGCGAACGGUGGAGGCGGCGGUGGCGCAGGAGGUCCGACGAUCAACAGCGAGGAGUUCUUGCAAUUCCAAGCUGACCAAGAGCAGUUUGCAGCGCAGCAAAUCGAGCUGUAUAUGCGAUACCUCAAGCGUGACUCGCGAGCGGGCGAAAUCAAGUAUGACGCGGAGAAAGCGAAUGUUGUUACCUUGCAGUCGAAACUCGAUGCCAUCUCCAGAGAGCACGGUGACACAUACAUCGAUGGCAUUCAACCAGUUUUCGACGCUCUCAAGGCACGUCACUUCGACUCAUCAUGGAACUGGGUCCGUCAAGAUGCUCUCCUCAUGUUCUACGACAUCAUCUUCGGUCGUCUCACCACCGUGGACCGCGAGAUCACUUCACGCUGCAUCGCUAUCAUGAACCGCGCUGAUCCCGAGCUCGUGACAUACAUGCAGUACUACAUCGAUCAGUGCGACCCCAACCGCGGCGAUACUUACAAGCUCGCGAAGCAGUUCGGCCAGCAGCUGAUCGACAACUGCCGUGAAGUUCUGGCGCUGCCGCCUCUUUACAAAGAUGUGACAUUCCCCACUGCGCCGCAUACGGAAGUGACAGCCAAAGGAGACAUCGUUUACUCGGAGGUUGUCCGCGAGAACGUUCGCAAGCUUGAGGCUUACGUCGAAGAAAUGGCCAGCGGAGAUACGAUCUCAGCGCCGACGAAUAUUCAGAAGAUCCAAGACGACGUUCUGAAGUUGUGGAAUGUAGUGAAGUCGCAGCCUGAGAUUAGUGAAGAGCAGAAGAACCGCAUCAAGGCUCUCUACGAAGGCGUCGUACGAUCACUGCGCAAGCGUCCCGAAUCUCGUCCUCGUCCUGGGGCACCUCGUCCUCGUAGAUCAUCGUCGCAGUUCCUUCGUCCUCAAGUGUCUGGCGUCGCAUCUGUCACAGCGGACAAGGUCCCUUUACUGCAUUUGAAGCGCAAGGUCGGCACGAACUGGGAGUACAGUAGCAACCUUACUGGUGUAUAUCUCGACAUCCUCCAUGAGAUCGCAACGUCAGGCACGACGUUUAAGGACAAAAAUGCUCUUUUGACAGGUGUUGGAAAAGCUUCUAUCGGUGUCGAGGUGGUAAAGGGAUUGCUAUCAGGAGGUGCUCACGUCGUCAUCACCACUUCUCGUUACAGCCGUGCCACGGUAGAGUACUACCAGGGCAUCUUCCAGCGUUUCGGUAGUAGGGGUUCCGCACUGACCGUGGUGCCGUUCAAUCAAGGAUCGAAGCAAGACGUCGAAGCCCUCAUUGACUACAUCUACUCGACUCUCGGGCUUGAUCUGGAUUACGUUCUUCCCUUCGCCGCGGUACCUGAGAACGGCCGACAGAUCGAUGGUCUCGACGACAAAUCCGAACUUGCCCACCGCAUCAUGCUGGUUAACUUACUCCGCUUACUCGGCGCCGUGAAACUCAAGAAGGCCAGCCGCCAGAUCCUUACUCGGCCAACGCAAGUCAUCCUGCCACUCUCACCGAACCAUGGCCUGUUCGGAAACGACGGCUUGUACUCGGAGUCUAAGAUUUCGCUCGAGACGUUGUUCAACCGCUGGAACUCUGAGAGCUGGGGCGAAUACUUGUGUCUUGCUGGCGCUGUGAUAGGCUGGACCCGCGGUACAGGUCUGAUGGACGCUACGAACAUCGUUGCACACGACGUUGAAAGCCAUGGUGUCCGCACUUUCUCCGCGAAAGAGAUGGCAUUCAACAUCAUGGGCCUGAUGCACCCUCUCCUUUUCAGUAUCACUCAAGUUGAACCGAUCUGGGCAGACCUCAACGGAGGAAUGGACCGCCUGCCCGACCUCGCCGACAUCACUACGCGCAUCCGCACAGAUUUGAACAAGAAGAGCGAACUCCGCCGCGCCAUCGCUCGAGACAACGCCGCAGACUUCAAGAUGGUUAAUGGUGUCGAAGCGGAACGCGUCUUACAGACGGUCAACGUAGUUCCGCGCGCGAACUUCAAGUUCGAAUAUCCUGCACUUGAGUCCUACGAAUCCCUUGCUGAUGUCUCGAAACUACGUGGUAUGCUUGAUCUGGAGAAAGUCAUCGUUGUCACAGGUUUCGCGGAGGUAGGUCCUUGGGGAAGCUCGCGUACGCGAUGGGAGAUGGAGGCGAGAGGCGAAUUCACUAUCGAGGGUUGCAUUGAGAUGGCGUGGAUGAUGGGAUACAUCAAGCACUUCGAUGGCCGUCUCAAGGACGGAUCUCUUCAUGUCGGCUGGGUCGAUGCUAAGUCCGGUGAACCCGUCGACGACAAGGAUGUCCGAGGUCGUUAUGAGAAGGACAUUCUCUCACAUGCUGGCGUGCGUUUGAUUGAACCCGAACUCUUCCGUGGCUAUGAUCCCAAGAAGAAGGUCUUCAACCAAGAGAUCCAACUUUUGCACGAUCUGGAACCUUUCGAAGCUGCCGAAGUGGAUGCUCAGAAGUUCAAGCUGGAACACGGCGACAAUUGCGACAUCUGGGCUGGAGAGGGUGGUCAGUGGUUUGUCAAGUUCAAGAAGGGUGCUCGUGUGUUCGUUCCCAAGGCAUUCAAGUUCAAUCGUCUCGUCGCUGGCCAGAUUCCGACAGGAUGGGAUGCCGGCCGUUACGGUAUUCCACAGGACAUCAUCGCGCAAACUGAUCGCACGUCACUGUGGGCUCUUGUUUGCGCUGCAGAGGCUCUGAAUACGUCGGGUAUAACGGAUCCGUAUGAACUGUACAAGCACAUGCACCCCUCGGAAGUGGGCUCGAGUAUCGGCAGCGGCAUGGGAGGUAUGGAGAGUCUUUCGAAGAUGUUCAAGGAUCGCCGUGAUGAGAAGGAGGUACAGAACGACAUUCUACAGGAGACGUUCAUCAACACCACUGCUGGGUGGGUCAACUUACUUCUCCUCUCGUCUAGUGGCCCGAUCAAAAUCCCAGUCGGUGCAUGUGCCACCGCCCUGCAAUCCAUCGAGAUCGCGUGUGACACACUAUUGUCUGGAAAGGCGAAGGUCAUGCUUGCUGGUGGAUUCGACGAUCUUAGCGAGGAAGGUUCAUAUGAGUUUGGGAAUAUGAAGGCAACCAGCAAUGCGGAGACCGAAUUGGCCAUGGGUCGUGAACCAACCGAAAUGUCUAGACCUGCAACGACCACUCGCGCUGGGUUCAUGGAAGCCCAAGGCACGGGUGUUCACGUCCUCAUGAACGCGAAGACGGCGUUGGAACUGGGAUGUCCCAUUCGUGGCAUCAUUGGAUUCACGUCCACUUCCACUGACAAGGCCGGAAGGUCUGUUCCUGCUCCCGGUCGUGGUGCUCUGUCGAUCGCCAGGGAGGUCCCUUCAAAACAUCCUCUACCGAUGCUCGAUUUGGUGUACCGAUCCCGACAGCUUGCGUUCCGCCGCAGCCAAAUCUCUGAGUGGUUGGCCAACGAGCAGCAGCAACUCCAGGAAGACAUCGAGUUCCGUAAGAGUCGCAACGAAGUGGUUGACGAAGAGUAUCUCGCGUCCCGUGUGGCGGAUGUCGAGAAGGAGGCGGCCCGUCAAGAAAAGGAUGCUCUUGCGACGUACGGAAUGUUGGAAGGAGCUGACGCUCGGGUCGCCCCUCUUCGCCGUGCACUUGCAGUCUUCGGGCUGACGGCAGACGAUAUCGGCGUCCUUUCUAUUCAUGGCACGGGUACCGGUGCGAACGAGGCGAAUGAGACUCACAUCUGGAACGACGUACUGGGCGCCAUAUCCCGCACGCCACACAACGCAGUCCCUAUCAUGGCUCAGAAAAGUCUGUGCGGACACUCCAAGGGAGGUUCCGCUGCGUGGCAGCUAGCUGGACUUCUGCAGAGCGUGCACUCUGGCAUUGUCCCCGGUAAUCGCAAUGCGGACAAUGUCGAUGCGGAUUUCAAGCAAUACACGUACUUGAUGUUCCCUUCAAAGACGAUCCACACUGACGGCAUUCGUGCUGGUCUCAUGUCUUCCUUCGGCUUCGGUCAGGUUGGCGGUACUUGCAUGAUCAUCAACCCUCGCUACGUGCUGGGCUCUCUCGAGCCUUCAGCUUACGAAGCGUACAAAGGGAAGAACCUCACACGUGCUCAUCUCUCCUACAAGGCCAUGAGCGAGAUGAUGAUCAAUAACUGCCUCGUCAAGGUGAAGGAUGCUCCACCGUACUCGAAAGAUCUCGAAGCGCCUGUCUUGAUGAACCCCCUUGCGAGAGCUUGCCUCGACCCCAAAACUGGCAGCUACGCAUUCCCAGCGAAGCUGAAUUUGCAACCCGCCGUCGACAUUGCCAAUGUCAAGGCCAUCUCUCAAAUCCUGGCUGCUCAGGGCUCCACUGCUGGCGUUGGCGUAGACCAAGAGCUCAUCUCGGCAGUACCCUCGUCGAACCCGACUUUCGUCUCUCGCAACUUCACGGAUGCAGAGAUCGAGUAUUGCCGUUCGCAACCUUCUCCGGCCGCGUCGUUUGCAGCCCGCUGGGUCGGCAAGGAGGCUGUCUUUAAAUCGCUUGGUGUUUCGUCGAAGGGCGCUGCUGCUCCGAUGAAGGACAUUGAGAUCUUGAAAGACGAUUCCGGUGUACCCACGGUAAUCCUGCGUGGUGAUGCCAAAUCUGCGGCGGAGGCUAAGGGCAUCACUCGUGUUCAUCUCUCGCUGAGCCACUCUGAGACCGUUGCUGUCGCGUUCGCACAAGCCGCGUCGUCGUAA